AUUGCUGGACCAAACAAGAAAGUCCUCAUUCCAAGCAACACAUUGUUUGGAGGUAACCCUCUAAAAGCCUUAGCAUGGGAGCCAAGUCAUUUGCAACCUAACACAGUCACCAUCCCAUCCCUGCAAUACAAAUACCCACUCUGUUCCCAUCUUCUCCAUCCCUCCAACUCCUGUCUUCAGCAGCUGAAUCCCUUCGAAACACAAUGUCUAACAUCCCCUCUCCCCAGAGCUUUGGCUUUCCACCGUUCUUCCCCCCACCACUCCCUCCGAAGGUAGUGGCUCGACCCACACCACCUUCAUUCCAUCCUCACCGCUCCUCCCCGCCUCCUCCAAAGGUGCCUCCACCCGCACCAUCAUCCCCACCACCUCGCCGCUCCCCGCCUGCACCCAAGAUGCCACCACCCACACCGUCACCGCCACCUCGCCGCGCCCCGCCUCCACCUGCACCAUCACUACCACCUCCCCGCACUCCGCCGCCACCCUCACCUUCGAAGCUCGCACCGCCACCGCCACGAAAGAUGGCUCCACCUCCAACAACGCCAGCUUCUCCGCCUCCUCGCCCCUUGCCACCACCAAUUUCGCCACCACUUAUCCCACCGCCACCACCACCACACGUCGCUCCACCGCCGCCUCCCUCACCAAUCCCCCACCACACCGUCAUCAUCAUUGUGUUCGCCUCUCUCGGCAGCAUGCUCUUCCUCGCAUUCCUCGUAGCAGCCCUCUGCUGUUCCCUCAAGAAGAAGAAGAAGGAGAUGGCUCAAGAGACAGAAGUUGUGAACGUCGAGGACAACAUCCACGUCCACGAAACCAUCAUCCCAGGCCCCCAUGGCCAACAAGUGGUGGCCAUGUCGGUCGACGAAGAUAUAAAAGUUCAGGAAGUGAUGAAGAAGAACGAAUUGGUCGAAGAAGCCUCGGGCACCAAGCUAGGGUUGCAGCCACCUCAAACAAGCGAUGGAGAUGCUGCAGUUCCUAUUGGCUCCAAGCACCACCACCUUCUUGAGCACAAGGGCUAGCAGGGAUACAUGCUUGCUACUGCUUGCCGAGGGACGAUACGUUGCUGUAACAAGGAUCGGCUGUUCAAAUACGUGCAUGGAGUACUCAUCAAGAAAAAGAAGUGCAUGGAGAGUGUUUGUGGAGUGUUCUUCUAAUUUCUUCACUUAAUUAAAAUAAGAUGCCUUUGUAGUUGCAUUCUACUGCAAAGGAUUUGAUUUAAUGUACCCAAGUGUUUAACGUGCUCUUGCUCUGAAGUCUGAAUCACCAAUGACUGCAUUAUUACAAAGUUUUCAUCCCAAGGCCGUCCAAGUGGACUAUGUUAGGAUUAUAUAUUGUUAUUUAAUUGAUGCUCCUUUUUUUUUUUAA